GAAACUGUUAUUAUGACCAAGUGGAUCCUGCUAGCAGCAAUCUGAAUAUCAUCUGAGCAUAAAUGUGAAAAGACAGAAAGGGGGAGAAAAGGAGAAAAAGAAGGUCAGAUCCAGGAUGGCAAAGGUCACCACCAUGCAGGGUGUGAUGCUUAUUCUGUCUCAUGCCAUGAUCACCCUACUGCUACCCCUUCUUCAUGCUACCCCACUUCCCACCAACACUAGUGCCCUCCUCAACACCUCUGAGGUCCUCUGCACUGAAGAUCUGCUAGGGGACAGGGAGCAGUUCUUUCCACAGGCCAUCUUCUCUCGACUUGAGCCUACCGUGCGGCCUUUGGUGGAGAACUCCACUGUCCAGGCAGAGAAGCCAGUGUGUGAUACUGUAAGUCACUGGGUAGCAGACAAGCAUACGGCUUUGGACAUCCGUGGCGACAAUGUGACAGUGCUUUCUGAGGUCCAGACACCCAAAGGCCGGCUUAGGCAGUAUUUCUUUGAGACCAAAUGUAAAGCCACCGCAGGCGGCUGCCGCGGGGUGGACCGACGUCUCUGGAUCUCUGAGUGCAAGACGAAACAGUCCUUUGUGCAGGCGCUCACUGCAGAUUCUCACAACAUUGUGGCCUGGCGCUGGAUAAGGAUCGACACUUCAUGCAUCUGCGCUCUGCAACCUGUCCACCCAGACCAGCUGGAUGUAAGGCAGUAGCAGGGACGCAGCAAGGUUGGAGUGGGCCCAGAGACAAGAUUUUAAAAUGCCUCCCCCACAUCAUCCUAAAUUAUUUUUUUAAAGGCUUUGUAAAUUGUGGACGAUGCAAGUCAGUUAAUGGUACUAGAGAAAGACAUGCUGUUCUGGUAGCUCCAGGUCUUACCACUCACAUCAAUUUCGGAGGAUAAAUACAACUGAAGGAAGCCUGGGCGGUUGUGCGGCUGGGGGAGUCAGUCAUGUGACUUGCCUCGGGGGGGGGGCCUCCAAGGCAGUGGGCCCCCAGACAACUGUCUUCCCUUGCCCUAUUAUAGUUACGCCCCUGGGCAGUAGAGGGGGUGGUGGGGAGAAAGGUGCAGUCCGUGUGGUCAUUUCUGGCUGGCUGAAGCAUGUCUAUUUCCCUCGCACCACCACAGCACAGGACAUGUUAGCAUGGACUAGUGUGGCCCCUAGAUCCAACAUGGGUUAUCAUUGGCUAGGGCAGUGGUCUUCACUAUUUUUCAAGCAGGGGCCUCUAUGGCAAGCAAAGAAACAAACAAAAAACUUCCAAAUGAGAGCCAUUCCCCACUGUGCUGACCUCUGCACAGUAAUGCACUUUUCUUGGUGCUGGGAGGGCCCUUUACGAGCUCUAGGAGGAAAGAAUGGAGAAGGGCUACACUCCCAGCACACCAAGCAAGCCUUCCAAGAUGGUGCAGGGAGGGACUCAAGAGGGCUCCAUUUCCUUUAAAGGAGCCCCCCCCGCCCGUGUUGGGCAAAACACAGCACUGCAUCAUGGUGGGAAUGCUUGCCUCCACAGGGUGCCAGAGAGACUGUGCAGAGUAUUCAGCUUUGGGCACAGCUUUACACAGGCCUAAUAAACAAUCAGGGAGCCUUAAUUUAGGGUGGACAGGAGCUGCCACUGGCCCCUGGGCCUUAUAACGAAGAACACUGACCUAGGGGGCACGUGCAGUCCUCCCCCCCAAUGACCAGGAAGCAAAGCAGCAUGGCCUCUCCUGAUUGACUCCACAGGUGCUCCACAGGUGUGUAAGCCAGGGUUACACACGUCCUGCAUAAGCUGAGGGCGCCCCCUAGAAUGCAGAGUGUUUUCCUUCACCUCAUCUCAGAAGUAGUUCAAUAACUGAAACUCAUCCACCACAUUAAUGUGAUCUUCACAUUACGGAACCUCUCCAGGGGCGGAGCCACCACUGAGCAAAUGGGUUCAAAGAACCUGGGCCACUGCCAAUCAGGGGCCAUGCCUGGUGCCCCAGCCACACCCCCUGCAUCUGACAUCAAUUGAAGGGGGUGUGGCAGGGGUGUGCCGGUAGGUGGUUGGCUCCCUCUGCCAGCGAACCUCUCACAAGCUUCUGAGGAAUCCCAGCGUUCGUAUGAUAAUAGCUUGAAAGGCACACACUGGACAAAUCCUUCCGCCACCCGUUUUGCUGUUGAUAUCGUAAGGCCUCUAUAAAACUAAACUGCAUGAAGGCAGUGUGGAGAGUCUUAUGAAAUGUGUUUUCUCGUCCUUUGGUAUGGGAACCGUUUGAUGAGAUGUUAGUACACUUCAAAGUGACCAUUUUUAUGCAGAAACAUUGACCCUUCUCUCAUCUUCCUGGCCCAUCUGUCCCUUUGAUGUGAUAAACUCACUUUAGAUCUAGACUUCUUAAUCCAAUGAGGAGCCAAGACUGUGGUGCCUGAGGCAAAGUGCCAAAUGCUGACUUGGGGAGGCGGGUAUAUGUGUGAAUAUGUGUGAAUAUGGCUGUACCUGCAUUAAUUUCAAAAGAAAACCUGAGUCCAAGCUCCCCGAAAUGCAAGACAUGAAUAGGAAGUGUAUUGCUGUACCUGUGUUCAGCAUAAUAUGUGAAUAACUGUACCUGCAUACAGAUCUGUAUUUGUAUACAUUGAUUGUACACAGAUUGUGCGAGUGUUGAACAUAACAUGUGAAGAGUGCCAGAAUCUGGUUUAGAUAGUAGGGCUGGCUUGUCCUGCAUAUAGAAACAAACUUAAAUCUUUUGAUUGCCCACCCCCCCGCCCUGUUAAGAAUCUGUGUUAUCUGAUAAUUUCCUUUUUCUCUGUGUGUAUUUCAUAAACAUGUUUUCCUGUAUCAAAUGCUGCUCUAAACUGGGGUGAAUCUGCAAGCUCUCCAAACCUACCUACUUGUCAAACUGGAGACGACCAGUUCUAUCUGCUGCUUUCCUAGUUAGUUCUAUCCAGCUUUCCUAACGCCUCUCAGUCCCAACAAGCUACAUUUUACGCACAUAAACUUCCUCCUCCCGCUUCCAAUUCCCCCCAACGUUGCUCUGAGGAAUCCCCACAACCUCUAAGAAGGAAAGUGUUGUCUGGGCCUGAGUGCCCCCUGAUGGCUAAAAGUGGAAUUGCAAGGCUUUAUUGCCUGACGACCAUGUUUUUCAAGGAAAGUUUAUUCACCUCCUAUUUUUCCAUUCUCUGUAACGUGAAAUAUUAUCUAAUAAAACGUUAAUCUGA